AUGGACUCUCUGGAUCUCACCUCUGGCCCGUCAGAGAUUGGUUCCCUGACAGCGCACUCGAACGAGGAGAGCCAGUUCGUUGGCAGUUCUAGCGGCGUCUUUUUCAUCAAUACCGUUCGACGUGCAUUCUCCAAGGACUUGGAUUCGUCCAAAAUAUCUUUGCCUCUGCCGGAAGAUACGCUUGUGGGCAGCGAUGAGUCGCAUGCUGAUCAGUCCCCGUCUACUGCCCGGUCUGCGUCCGUGUCUGGGCCGUCUGCCUCUCUUUCUCAAUGGCAGUAUGAUUCGGAGAUCGCUCAUGUGCUCGGCAAGGCCCCGCCGCUGGACAUGGCGAGGGAACUUAUGAUGGUAUACUUCAAAGUGUGGCAUCCCCUGUUCCCGUUUUUGCAUGGCCCCAGCUUUCUGCGGGCGAUGGAGUUGCUUUACUCAGAUUCGCAGGGGGCUGAAAGGCCUAAUCAUGCGAAUAGCCAGUCUACAUCUACCGACCACCGGAACGCGUGCUGGACGACAAUCUUUCAGUGCGUGUUCAACCUUGCAAGCCAUCUGCGACCAGAUCUGGACCUUCCGCCCGAAUCCCGAGUCAAAUCUCCUGGAAGUAUGCAUUCAUUGCUCGCUACUCUAACUCGGAGGCAGGAUCUCCCAUCCCUGCAGGCUCUUCUCGCGGCGCAGCUGUACCUGGUGGCCAAGAUGUCUCUUCGGACGGCGUCCACGGUAGGCGGCUGUAUUCUCCGGUCUAUGCUGCACGCGGGUCUCCACCGAUGCCCGUUUCGCUACAAAGAGCUUUCGACACACGACCGGCAGUUGCGCAAAAGGAUUUUCUGGUGCGCGUAUGCUGUCGAUCGGUACUUGAGCCAGGCUCUGGGCUUGCCUCUGGGUAUACAAGAUUCGGACAUUGACGUCUGCGCUCCAGGAGCCCAUGAGGUGCAUUCUCCCGGUUUGCACAAGGUUCGAGACACGAGUGAGGGCUCUACUCCGCGCGUUGAGGCAGAAAGUCCUGCAAAGGGCACGCCGGCUUCAUCCUCAGCUGCACAACCUGAGCUCAUCAACCCACAGCAUCUCCCACAACGCAGAUACCCCAGCAACAACGCAGACCCCAGAGAACACGAACAACAUCAAAGAGAAAUAGCUUUUAUGAGCUACGUCGAAUCAGGCAAAUUGACAGGCCGCGCGCUAGAGCUCUUCCACAAGUCCAUCCUCGUCCGCUCCGUUCAGCGCAGCUCCGUCCUCAUCCUUGUCGCAGACGUGCACAAAUGGUGGAACAGCCUCUCCCCAGACCUCCAAGGCAACCCGGCCAGCAACAAGGACUCCACAUCCCCACAAUCACAGCAUGAUGAACCCUUUCACUUCGGCCCCUUCUUCACAGUCCUCUACCACCACCUCAUCCUCCUCAUCAACCGUCCCUCCCUCUCCCUACCCCCCUCGACCCCCGAGUUCAACUCCGGCCUGCAAACCUGCAUCGGCGCCGCAAGAGGCAUCCUCUCCGCACUCAGAGCCCAGAUCGACGCAAAGCAAGCCCUCUUCUGGCCGGGCUUUCUCUCGGCAGCAUGGAUGGCAGGUUUGGUCCUCGCCUUCGCCUGCCAGCUCAGACAGUACAUCUGGUCAAAGGGGUCUCUCGAAAUAAGCGACUGCCUCGCCUUUCUCCGUAUCAUGUCCACGCAAUGGGAUACCGCAAAACACUGCCAUCGAGCGCUGAGCUUACUCGCCGAGAACAUCCGGCAUUCCUUCACCUCUGCACAACAGCCUCGAAUCUCGGCCUCGAACUCGAACCUCGACUCCUCCUCGCGCGAAGAACCCUUUUCACCAAGCUCAAUUGCAAACAAGAGACGGAAAAUCGCCUCCUAUGAUCCCUCUGUUCCUCUUCCGAGUACGGAGUCGAUGGCCGGCCAAGAUCCGCUGACUGCACCCGAGUCGGGAAAUGUGCAACUCGAGCUCAAUACGACCACUCCGAAUGGUACCGAGACUGAUUACCUCGGCCUAACGGAUCUUCGCCAGGUGCAAGACGCUCGACCCUUUCCACUCAAUGACUCGUCCGCGACAGCAACGGCUCUGAUGGAUCUGGAUCUGAACACAGUGGAUUUGCUUCAGGGAGCGAACUUUGACUACCUACUUGAUAUGUUCGGGCAGCAGUAUCCAAGUUUCUGA